AUAUGAACGGAUUUGAUUUGUCUAAGCAUGAUGAUGAACGGAUUUGUUUAAACGCGAUUGAAAUCCGCGAACGGAUCGUCAUACCAAAUUUCCAAAAAAUUCUCCUUUUUGGUGUACUUUUUGUGGUUUAUGAUCUGCUAUGCGAAUGAAAAAUGGAAAUACAGCGCGGUCACACACGUUUGAAUUAAGUGGAAGAUGGAGUUCGUGCGUGCGAAACAAAAAAUAAAAAUCCGUCGUGGACAAGGUCGAUUUAAACAAGUUAAAACGGUGGAAAAUUUGGAUUGAUAAGUGAUGGAAUUUAGUUCUCGAGGAAUAAAUAAGUUUAGAUGAUCAACGUCAGAAAUGGAAAGCGAUGAAUUAAUUCUUUUUCCGAGGAAAAGAAGACGGAGAGAAGACAGUCAGCCAAGUUUUCGUAUCGGAAUGCAAUUUACCACUUUUUUUCCCAAACCCUAGAUUGAUCGAAUAUUAGGUUAGGUUUUCGUGGAAGCCAUGAAAGUUUGUAGAUUGUGAAGGCGAAGGGCGAGUUAAGCGGGCGGGAGAAGAAUGGAGGCGGAGGCAGAGGCCGACAGGAAGGAAACCGGUGGUAACAUCAAGAGAAAAAUGAAAACUCCCACGCAGCUCGAGACGCUGGAGAGAACGUAUUUAAAUGAUAACUAUCCGUCGGAGGCAGUGAGGGCGGAGCUGUCGGUUCAGUUGGGGCUCUCGGACAGGCAGCUGCAGAUGUGGUUUUGUCACAGGCGGCUCAAGGACAAGAAGCCAAAGAAAGAGAAAGAACAACCUGCGCCUUCCCCUCCUCCUCCUUCGGCGUUGAUGGCCAAUUACUAUGGUGACUUCGAUGCCUCACGCAAUCAGAGAGGUUUAAAGCCUAAUUGCGAGGAAGGGGUGUGGAAAAAGAAGGCGCAGGUGCCCGCUCUGCAGCAUUUGAGUCCCGCGGAAGUGAGGGCGAUUGCUGCAGUGGAAGCUCAGCUGGGGGAGCCGUUGCAGGAAGAUGGCCCCAUUCUCGGCGUCGACUUUGAUCCGCUUCCUCCCGGCGCCUUUGAUUCACCGACCGCACCUAUAUUGGAGCAAUACAAGCAGGGCGGGCAUCAUUAUGAAAAAUUGUUUGAUGGACAAGAUGCAAGAUCCAACAAAAGAUCAUCUGGGAUGCUUCAUACUGAACAUGCACCAUUGGCAACCACAUCCAACAAGAGGAAAGCAGUUAUGGUUAAUGUGCCCACCAUUCAUAGUCAACCUGGUAGUAGAGCCCCUCAAGAAUACCAAUUCCUUCCAGAGCAACCAAGUGGGAGGCAUGAUGCCUAUGAAAGGGCCACGAAAUCAAGGUUCUAUGAAACUUCGUUUGAAGGACUGUCAUCAAAUGCCCCCUCAUUAUCUACUACAGGAAAUCUGCUGCAUGGACAUGAUCAGUUGACUGGAGGGUAUAGCUUCCCGAACCAAAUUUCAAACUCUACUAUGUUACCUCAAGAAAACAGGUCUGCUCACAUGUUUUCUCGAGAUAAUGUUGAUUAUGAGGGCUUGCAGCACAAAGAUUCAUAUCCUGGAUUUGGGUAUGAUGGUCACUUUGGAUCUCAUCAAGGUCUAGGGGCAGAUGAGGCAUACUUGCACUCUGAGAAACGUGCCUUCUAUCAGGACCAAGAUCAAUCUCGGAUAGAGAAGAAACGCAAGAGCCUUGUCAAUCCAUUUCAGAGCGAGGAAGCAAGAAUAGCAAAGGAAGUUGAAGCUCAUGAGAGGAGGAUCAGAAAGGAGCUUGAAAAGCAGGAAAUUAUGAGACGGAAGAUGGAGGAGAAGCAAGAUCGUGAAAAACGUAAAGAAGAAGAAAGGAUGAUGCGUGAAAAACAGCGUGAGGAAGAGCGGUUGCAGCGGGAAAACAGGCGCUUGAUUGAACGAAGGGAAAAGAUACUUCAGAAGGAAAGCAAACGGGCUGAAAAAAUGCGGCUCAAGGACGAACUUCGAAGAGAAAAGGAAGCUGCUAGGCAAAAAGCUGCCAAUGAGAGGGCCACAGCACGGAAACUUGCCAGAGAAUCCAUGGAACUUAUUGAAGAUGAGCGCCUAGAGCUUAUGGAAGCAGCUGCAUCAGCUAAAGGCCUCUCAUCAAUAUUUCUGCUUGAUGAUGAUAUCUUGCUACAACUUGAAGCAUACAAAGGAAUAUUGGGUGUAUUCCCCCCUAAAUCAGUUAAAAUGAAGAUACCAUUUGCAGUUCGUCCUUGGACAGAUUCUCAGCAGAAUGUUGGAAAUUUAUUGAUGGUUUGGAGGUUUAUAAUUACCUUUGCAGAUGUUCUUGGUCUUUGGCCAUUCACUUUGGACGAAUUUGUCCAAGCCCUACAUGAUUAUGAUUCAAGAUUAUUGGGAGAGAUACAUGUCAGCCUUUUAAAAACAAUUGUUAAGGACAUAGAAGAUGUGGCAUGUGCCACUUCUAAUGGACUUGGAGCAAACCAGAAUAAUGUUGGUCUGGCUGGAGGGGGGCAUCCACAACUUGUUGAGGCUGCGUUUGCAUGGGGUUUUGACAUAAGAGAAUGGCGUCAAUAUUUAAAUCCCUUAACCUGGCCUGAAGUUCUACGUCAAUUCGCAUUAGCAGCUGGCUUUGGACCUCAGUGGAAGAAAUGUAGAUCAUUUCAUGAGCACUUAAGAGAUGACAACGAGAGCCAGGAAGGUGAAGAUGCAGUAUCAACUCUCCGGUCUGGUGCAGCGGCAGCAAGUGCUGUUGCUAUGAUGCAAGGCAGAGGCUCAGGCCAUUCACGCAGAUGCAGGUACCGCUUGACACCUGGUACAGUCAAGUAUGCAGCCUUUCAUGUCCUGUCCUUGGAGGGAGGCAAUGGGUUAACAAUCCUGGAAGUUGCAGAAAAGAUUCAGGAAUCUGGACUGCGAGACCUUACAACAAGCAAGACUCCAGAAGCAUCAAUAGCUGCUGCACUAUCAAGAGAUUCAAACCUUUUUGAAAGAGUUGCCCCUUCUACGUACUGUGUCCGGCCAGCUUUCCGGAAAGAUCCUAAUGAUGCACAGGCCGUGCUACAAGCAGCAAGGGAGAAAAUACAGUCAUUUCAAAGUGGUUUGUCAGAUUCAGAGGAAGCCGAGAAAGAUACAGAGGAUGUAGAAGAGGGAGAAAGAGAUGAAGAAUAUGAAUGUGAUGAUGUUGAAGAUGCAGAUGCAGAUGCAGAUGCAGAUGACUUAGAUGGUCCUGUUAACUCAGCAAAAGUAAUUUUUUGCCUUAAAGAAGGAAAAGUUGUAAAGUCAUUGGGUAGUAUUGAGAAAGAAAAGUGUCAGGCAAACGAACCUUGUGACAGAAGAAGUAUGUCACCAGAAGUUGAUAGGGAUCCAAAACAUAAAUCUUCUAUUCUUCUUGAAAGUGCUAAAGAUAUUGAACAAGAUAACUUUAAAGAUGUCAGCUCCAAUGGUGAUGGUGAUAUUGAUAGUCAUAAGGUGAAUCAUAUGCUAGGAGAGACAGAGAUUGAUGAGAGUCACACAGGAGAUCCCUGGGUUCAGGGACUGAUGGAAGGGGAAUAUUCUGACCUGAGUGUUGAAGAGCGUUUGAAUGCUCUUGUUGCCUUAAUUGGUGUUGCAAAUGAAGGCAAUACUGUACGCAUUGUGCUCGAGGAACGCCAAGAAGCAGCAAAUGCAUUAAAACGCCAAAUGUGGGCAGAGGCACAACUUGAUAAAAAACGGCUGAAAGAAGAGCAAUUAUCAAGAUCUCAAGUUCUACCAUUUGGAGGGAUAAAGUCUGAAGGAGCUAAUAACAAUACUUUGUUUGAAGGUGGACAGAACCCUUUUGUUGGAUUGGAUAACAAGGGAAGUGAAGCAUCUGUGUUACAUCAACCUAAAUGUGAGGGAUUGGUAGAUGUGAUCUCAGUUACAAAUCAUUGUUUAGCAUUAACAAACUCUGCAAUUCCAGUAGAAAAGAAUUUAUUAUUUCCAGAUAAUUCACCUGUUCAGGAAACUUCCAUGGCACAUGUUGGAUAUACGAGUGAAAAAUCACGUGCACAACUUAAAGCUUCAAUAGGUCUAAGGGCAGAAGAGUUAUAUGUUUAUAGGUCCAUUCCUCUGGGACAAGAUCGCAGACAUAAUCGCUAUUGGCAAUUUGUGACGUGUCCAUCAGGGAAUGAUCCAGGAUUGGGUCGGAUAUUUUUUGAGUCACAUGGUGAGGGACACUGGAAGGUCAUUGAUACAGAUGAGGCAUUUGAUGCAUUGUUAGCAUCAUUGGAUACACGGGGUGUGAGGGAGGCCCACUUGCAUGUUGUAUUGCAGAAAUUAGAGAGCUCAUUUAAACAAGCCGUGAGAAAGCGUUCAUUUUUGGGAGAGGAGAUUGACUUAAUUUUUGGACAGGAGGUCAAAACAGAAUUUGCAGAGAGGACAUCCUAUCCUGGCUGUGUAAUGGAGGAUGCUGGUCAUGGAGGCACUAUAGACAUGUCUAGAUCGUUUUCUAUUGACCUUGGGAGAAAUAAUGUGGAAAACAAACAUGCACUGGAGAGGUACAUGGAUUUUGAAAAAUGGCUCUGGAUAGAAUGCAUAAAACCAUCUGCUCUUAAUGCUCUAAAGCUGAAAAAGAAAAGAUGUUUAGAGUUGUUGCGUAGUUGUGAAGUGUGUCAUGAGGUAUACUGGUCAAGAGACAGACACUGUUCUUUUUGCCAUUGCACUUUUGAAAGCUCACAUAAGUUUGAAGUAAAAUUUCCUCAGCAUGUCCUCGACUGUGAAGAAAAGAAAAGGAGAAAAGAUCCAAGUUGGAGGUUGGAAGGUCCAACCUGGGCCUUGCCAUCAAGAGUUCAGCUUUUAAAAGUUGCAAUUGCUGCAGUCGAGGCAUCUAUUCCUUCAGAAGCACUUAAAACUUUCUGGACAGAGGGUUAUCGGAGGUCAUGGGGCCUGUCUCUGAAAUCUGCAACAUCUCCAGCUGAACUCCUUCAGAUAAUAACACAAUUAGAGGGAGCUGUAAACCGUGAUUGGCUUUCUUCAACCUUUGAGACAACAAAAGAAUUGUUAGAUUUUAUUUCAGGUGAUACGGGACUUGAGGAAAAUAAUCUCCAUUUAAGUGAGGUUCCUGUUCUUCCUUGGAUACCUCACACAACGGCAGCUGUGGCCCUGCGCCUUAUGGCACUUGACCAUUCUCUUUCAUACAGCUUGGACCAAAAAGCAGAGAAGCAAGCAGCAAAUGAUUUUGAGGAUACAAGUAAGAUACUGUCAAAUGUUGCUGUCAAGAACUUUCAAGAAUUGGAGGCUUGUGACAAAGGCUCACCAUCUGAUGAAGAAAGAAAAGAAGACACUUGGACAGAUCCUGCUAAUGGACGGAACACACGUGGUCGUAGAGGAGGUCGACCUCGAGGUCGUGGUCGUGGUGGCAAAAAUAGUACACCAAGAAUAGAGUCUGGAUUCAACAAGGAUUCAAAGCGGAAGCUUCAUUUUUCUGGAGGAGGAACUUUUGGUACUAAUGAAGACCAAAAGACAGUAAGAGGCCAGGCAAGAAGAGGGCGUGCAAGUAAACGGGGACGUGGUCGAGGCACUGGUAGUUCUAGACAAAGGCAGCUAGGUAUACAAAAGAGGGAUGUAAAAGAGAAGCAACCAAACCAUUUCACAAAUUCAGGUAUGGGCAUUGAAAAACGAUUUUCUGUAGAAUUGGGUGAGGAUGAUGAACCAAGUGAUGGUUCCCAGAGCAUUGAAGGAGAGGAAUGGGGAAGGCAUGAUGAUUUUGGAGAAGGUGAGAACAAUGUAGAUCACCAUUACAUUGAAGAAGAUAACGUUGGCGAAUCAUCUGAACAGGAUGAGGAUAUAGAUGAGGCUUGUGAAGAUGCACAAGCUACAGAAGACGAGUUUGAGGAUGUAGAUAUGAAAUAUGAAAAUAAAUACUUUGCCAGAGAUGUUGAAGCUGAAGACAGUGAGGCUGGUGAAGCGGUUGAUGUUGAUACCGAGUCUGGAGAUGAGGAUGAAGAGGAUGACGAGGAUGGAUCGAUGUCAGAAUCCUCGAAGAAUAGUGACUAAGUUUGUGACAUUAAUUUCUCCAAUGUAUUAUUUUAAUUUAUAGCCAGGUAUUUUUUUUCUGGCUUUAUGGAAGGGAUGGCAGUCGUGUAAAUAAACAGCAACCAGAAGUUGAUUGACAAAUUUGUGGAUCAAAUGAUUAUUUUAACUUGUUCUUGAUUGAUUUCGUAGAA